UACCUGGAUUCGGUCGUACGUGGAUCAGAGUUCAUCUAGGAUAGUGUAGUAUCUGACUCAAAGUUCACAAAAGCUGCUACAAAUAAUUCGCAGCAGGUGUAGUUAACCGACAGUCAACAUGGUUUCAAUUUCUCCGUUCGUCGUUUCAUCAAUCAACAUUCAAAUUACACUCAUUGCAAUAGUUACGGUGGCGAUCAUUUACUUAUUCACCAAAGAUCUUCGCCGUAAUUUGCCACCUGGUCCAUGGGGUUUACCUGUGGUAGGUAUUUUACCGUCCUUGGGUAAGCAUCCCCAUGAAGUACUAACGAAGUAUGCUAAUCGGUAUGGGGCAGUGUUCUCUGGUAAAAUGGGAAACAGGCUGACAAUAUUUGUGAACGACUAUACAUCAAUGCGAGAUAUGUUUGCAAAGUCAGGGGACAUGUUUGCCGAUCGUCCAUUUAUGAUAAUCACAGAUGCUUUCACUAGUGGCAAAGGGCUAGUAUCCGGCUACUUAAAAAACAAUCUAAAGGAAAAGCGUCGAUUUGCUAUGAAAAUUAUGCGAAGCUUUGGAAUGGGAAAGUCAAGUUUUGAAGGUACAAUCGUUGAUGAAAUUGAAUACCUAACUAGGGAGUUUAUGAAAGCCGCCGAAAAAAACGAAUGCUACGAUCCAAAACAUAUGUUAGAAAAUGCAGUUUCAAAUGUCACGUGUCGGAUUGUUUUUGGUAAACGUUACGAUUACGAAGAUCAAGCAUUUAGAAGGUUUCUUACACAUUUGUAUGCAUUUCUAGCGGGUGCAUCCCAAGCUGCAUCUUUGAAUUUCAUUCCGCUUUUGAAAUUUCUUCCCCGAACUGGAUGGACAGAACUAUCAGAGGAUGUUUCAGUUGUCUUUGACGAGUUUGUAAUCCCUGAACUGAAGGAGCAUAAAAAGAUAUUCGAUAUUGACUACCCACGUGAUUUCAUUGACGAGAUGUUCAAAGAGAAACUGGAACAAGACAAAUCUGGAGUGAAAAGUGUAGCAUAUGACAGGGAAUCAAGGAAACAGAUUGUUGCCGAUCUAUUUGCCGCUGGAACCGAGACAACUUCAAGUACAUUAAAAUGGGCGUUGUUGUACUUAGCUCUCAACCCAAGUAUCCAGUUGAAGGUACAUCAAGAACUAGAUUCAGUAACUUGCAGACGUCAUCCUCCAUCUUUAAGUGAUAAACCAAAGCUUGUGUUUUGUGAGGCCGUGGUGAUGGAAACACUGCGUAUCCGGCCUGCCGUUCCUUUAGGCAUUCCACAUGCUGCCUUGGAGGAUACUACCUAUGAGGGGUACACUAUUCCUAAAGGAACACCGAUCAUCUCGAACCUUUGGGCUGUAAUGCAUGACCCUAACACUUGGCAGGAACCAGAACGUUUCAAUCCUGAACGAUUCAUUGACGUCACUGGCAAUUUGAUCAAGAAGAAUGAGUUUAUUCCUUUCAGCAUAGGUAAGGAUUAACUUCAGGUUUGUAAAAAAAUAUAUUAGUAACCACGUUGUUACAAAAUUAAAAAUUCUCUAGAA